GUCUCAACCUUGAAUUUUAAAUAACAUCGCAAGUAGACAGCAUCAUUCCGCAAUUUAGCAGAAAAUUAUCUGGAGUAAAAGUAAUAAUUCAAUAGGACAUGAUAUCAUUAUGAAAUGAUAUAUGAUUGAUUCGCUUGGGGAGAGUCAUGGAGGACAUAGCGACGAUCGCCCUUGAUUCCACAAUGAGAAGUCAAAAUUCAAGUCACUCGAAGGAAUCAAAGGACUCGAUCAAUUCGGAACUGAAGCCGGAAAGUUAUUUAGAGUCAAAGCAUUCGAAAGAUGUUCUUAUUCCGGAAAAACAACAGCUGCAACAACAGCAUCAGCUAUCGAGGCGCGCGGAGGAUCAACAGGAUCGGGCGGCCUCAGAAGCCAAGGAUGACUCUAAUCUGCUCAUGUUCACAUCUUGCGGACAAUUAUUGCUUGGUAUUGUCUUAGUCGUCUUUGGUAUCCUAGUGCUCGUCCAUGGUGCUUCCUUGGGUGGAUCUGGUGCAGGGCUCUGGGCAGGUGCAGCCGCCCUAGUUGCUGGUGCACUAGGAGUGGUUGCAACAUUAGCGGCUUCAUCCACCAAAACAAAUUCUGCUUUUUCAUCUGCUCAUCUCGCAUCCAGUUUGAUCGCUCUUGCCCUGUCGAAUAUGGCAACUAUAACGGCGUUAACGGCGGUCGUCAGGGAUUCACAGAGGACACCGGAUGUGUCAUUUCUCAGUCUUUCAGAUGAUGAUAGCAAUGUGGUAGAAGUAGAUAACGGCUUGGCGGGUUUGCUAGCGAGCAUUGGCCUAUUGGUGGCUAGCGUGGCCGAGCUAUUAGUAUCCGGUUAUAGCUGCCUGACCUUGACACCGAAGUUAUGCGGCUGCUUGCGGGCGAGCAAUACUGAGGAGAUGAUGAUCGACAGUCAUCUCAAAACGCGCAAUAUGGUUCACCAAUGGGUCGUCACCCAAAAUCAUAUGCCAGCCAAGAGCCAACAACCACCUGUCUACGUGGUGCACCCGAUGCCAGUGCCAAUCCAUCCGAUGAUUCAGCCACCAUACGGCAUGCCGUCGACACCUGGAGGAUUUAUAUCUGCUAGAUCUCUUCCGAUCUCGACACCAAUGCCAUAUGGUGCUGUGCCCAUGUUGUCUCAUAUGUCUCCGUACGUCGGACGACCGCAAUCUCAAAUGUACCGAUCAAAGCACAAACGUCAGCCGUUCGCAGAUCAGGAAGAAGCAAAAAGGCAUAUUAAAAAUGAAUCUCCAAAAAUGUCAUCGCCCAAUGACGAUCAAGUUGAUUUGGCACAGACUUACACAGGGUUGGACAAAAGAAUUUCUGAAGAAUUUAUUUCCAUUGCAAUGGAUCCAGAUAGAAAAUCAAAAGUUUCCAGUUGUCACGGCAGUGAAAUUGGAACUGCAAAAACUUUUUGAUAACUUUUAAUCGCAGUAAUUGAGAAUUUGUGAAAUAUGCACAAAAAUGAAGUAUAUUUGCUCAUAAUUUAUGCUUAUUUUAUAAAUACGAUUUUGUUUCUACGAUUAUAAAUUUAAAAAUCAAUACUUCAUCAACAUCAUUCUUGAUUGAAUACUUUAAAUAUACUGAAAUAUAUUAAAUUUUUAAUUAUCUAAUGUCUUAUUUAAAUUAAUGCACUUGUUUCGUGGCAUUUAUAAAAUAUAAUACAAUGUUGAAAAAUAGAAAGAUAUCAAAUAA